AUGCAGCAUAUAAUUCGGCUGUCGCCCUUGGAUCUGUCUUCAUCCAACAUUGCACAACCAGACCUUCCAGACACAUCUCACUCAAAGACUUCCGACACAAAUCCCAACCAGCCUCAUCAAGACUUCAAUCCUCACUUGCCAACCAUGGGCCUUACGUGGGAUCAAUCUCCUCCAUCGGAGACGUACGCGGAAGAAGCUCUCCGCCCAAAGCCUCAGCUCGAGUAUUGGCCGCUACCCAAUGUCGAGCACUAUCCGGGCGUAGCCCGAGUGAGCAUCGGGGUCCUGCAUCGAAAUUUUAACAAGUCUAUCAAGUUUGAAGGCCAUCCAGCAGACAUUAUCUACGGCUCUACUGAGAUUAUGGGAAUCAAGAAGAAGAAUCACUGGGUUUUCGACAUCCAUGAUCUUCGAUUCCGUGAGGAAGCCUCAGGUGCCGUCUGGCUCCUGGGUGCUGAGCUUUUCGUUGAUGGUGUGAGUGUCCACACGCUUGAAUUUCCUGGAAUCGCGGUUGAACCAAGUCCAAGUCGCCUUUCUACCCCCGAGAUCUUUAAUCUAGAGCUGGACGAGUCGCCAAAUCCCGAAGACAAGAAGAAGCCCACAGGGGCCAACAACAAAUCUCGACGCUUUAGCAUCGAUGAUUAUUGCACAGGUAUCUAA